UGAAGUGGCUCUCUGUUUAAAUGGUUUUGAUGUUUGGUCUGUUGUUGUUUUGAUUGCGGUGUUGCGUUAGCUUCUCACAAAUUAAUUAUUAUUUAAAAAUUGAUUAAGUAUUAAAAUUCAUUGAUGUGAUGCUUUUAAAGCAAGAACUCUAAUUUGUCCUCAUAUGCCUAAUAUAUUCUAUAUUUUAUUGAGGGUGAGAUCUUUGUUUUAUAUGUGUAAUCUUUAUUGUUUUCCUGGGAAUAUAUCUCCGUUUUCUUCAACUUUUUAAGACUCAUGAUACAAUAAUUAAAAAUGAAUUUCGAAAGCUAUUCGAUUCCAAAAAUCAAUGAAUGUGAACCAGCUGUACCUACUCUGAAUUCUUUACCAACUUCAAGUCUUUCUAAUUCUUACUCAGCCUGUUCUGAAAAGAAUGAACUUCAUACUUUAACUCUUCCAGAGAAUCAUGACAAUCCAGAUAGUCCACCUCCUAUUGAAUCCAAUGAUGGAAACAAAGUAAAUUCUGAUGAAUGUCAUUUGUGCCAAUAUUGUGACCGUGUUUAUCCAUCCAGGACAAAUCUAUCAAGGCAUAUAUUUCGAGUUCAUAGAAUUCCUGAUUCGAAUAAAACUCCUGAUACUCCUGCUGCUGAUUCGAGAGGAGCGGUUUGUUAUGAAGAAGGGUGUAAUAAUGAAAAGUUUAAAAGCACUACUGAAUUACGCAAUCAUCUUGUAAAUAAGCAUAACUUCAUUUUUCAAGUCAUCAAAAAUGUGCUGGACACUGAACAAGAUUUCAUAACAUGGAAAAAGAAUGUAGAAGAAGCAUGCAAUAUUAAAUGGGUUAAACAGGCUGCUAAAAAGAAGGCAUCUGGCUGCACUGUUGUAACUUACAUUUGUCAUAGAAGUGGUAAAUUUCGUAGUAGUGGUGCUCGAAGAAGGGCCCUAAAAUCAUGUAAAAUAGGUCAUUUUUGUACAGCAUAUCUAAAAGUAGUUAUUUUGGAAGAUAAUAAAGGUUAUCAAGUUGAGUUAUAUCCUGAUCAUUAUGGACACGAUGUCUCCACCUCUGAAGAUAAGAAAGUUAAAGUUCAAGUUGCCAAAUGCUUGAAUAAUCCAAUUAGAGGUAUUCUUAUCAGUACAACUGGUGUUCUGUUUGAAAAUGGGAAAUAUGAAGCUAUUAAAGGUUCUGUAAUUGCUGUUGAAAGGUUAAGACAACUUGGUAUUACUAUUAGAUUCAUCACAAAUGAUUCACGGAGAACUCCCAGUGACCUAGUGAAAAAGUUGCAGACAUUAGGUUUCAGCGUAUUUGAAGAAGAAAUUUGUUCCCCUAUACCUGUGGUCAUUAGUACUUUACUAACUUUAAAUUUAAGACCUUAUUUGAUGGUUCAUCAAGAUAUAAAACCUGCCUUUGAAAAAUUAGAUCAGUCCUCUCCUAAUUGUGUUGUAAUUGGUGAUUUGGGUGGAAAUGUUUCUGCAGAAAUGUUUAAUAAAGCUUAUAAUGUUUUAACUUCCUCUCCUAGCCCUGUUCUUGUUAAGUUAGGGAAUGAAAAAUACUACAAAGAAAAAAAUGAAUUGGUUCUUGGUGCUGCAUCUUACGCUGCUGCUCUAGAAUAUGCAUGCAGUACUGAAGCUAUGGUUGUUGGAAAGCCUUGCUAUGAUUUUAUAACGAGUGCUGUGAAUGGUAUGGGAAUAUGCCCCCAGGAGAUAAUCAUGGUUGGUGAUGACAUUGAAAAUGAUAUACAAGCAGCCCAAAGAUGUGGUAUGAGAGCUAUUCUAGUCAGGACCGGAAAAUUUAGACCAGAUGAUGCAAAACAUGAAGUCAUCAAACCUGAUACAAUAGUUAAAAAUCUUGCUCACCUAGUCGACAUGCUAGUUCUUAAAUCUAGGCGUGAGAACUCUACUAAGUGUUCUUCUGAUAGCAUUCCUAAAUAUCCUCCAGAGCAGUGCAAAAAAACAAUGAACAGAACUUCAAAACCUAUGGAACAACAACCUCAAAUUCCACCACCACCACCCGCAACAACAUAUGAUGUUUAUCCUUACUUAUACCGUUCAGAUGGCAGCUAAUAUUUAUUUUAAGCUUAGAAGAAAAAAAAUUUAAGCUAAUUUUACCAUAUCUUUGUUUGUAUAAAUCCUAAAUUUUCCUAUAUUCAGCAAUAAUUUUAUAAUAUUUUAAUUAUUCUAAGAAUUGUCCUCGUCUUAUCUACAAAAAACUUUUUGAAGCUGAGAAUAUUUUUCCAAUAAUAAUUGCAUUAUUUACUGCUAAACUGUCUCUAAAUCAAAAAAAAAGUUUCUAGAUUGGUUUUACCAUAUCUUUGUUUGUAAAUCCUAAAUUUCCCGGUGUUCAACAAUAAUCUGAUACAAUUUUAAUUUUUCUGAGCAUUACACUAGCCUUAUCUACAAAAUACUGUAGGAAGCUAAAAGUAUUUUUCCAUUAAUAAUUGAAUUAUCUACUGCUAAAUUGUCUCUAAAUCAAAAAAUUAUUUCUAGGCUGGUUUUACUAUAUCUUUGUUUGUAAAUCCUAAAUUCCCCGGUGAUCAGCAAUAAUCUGAUACAAUUUUAAUUAUUCUGAGAAUUAUUCUAGCCUUAUCUGCUAAACACUGUAUAAAGCUACAAAUAUUUUUCCAAUAGUAAUUGCAUCAUCUACUGCUAAAUUGUCUCUAAUUCAAAAAAAAAUUUCUUGAUUGGUUUUACCAUAUCUUUGUUUGUAAAUUCUAAAUUUCCCAGUGUUCAGUAAUAAUCUUAUACUAUUUUAAUUUUUCUGAGAGCUGUCCUAGCUUUAACUUAUCUACAAAAAGCUGUAGAAAGCAAAAAUAUUUUUUAGACGAUAACUGUAUUAUCUACUGUUAAAUUGUCUCUAAGUCAACACUGUAAUGACUAUGACUUGUUAUAAAUUCAAAAAGUGAUCAGAAUGUAAUAGUAUUUUAAAACCCAACCAUGGAACUAGCAAUACUAAAUAGCAUUUGAUGCUAAAUGCCUUUAUGAUGAUUCAUUGAUAUGAACUGUCACUUUAUGGUAAAGAAAAAAUUUAUUUUGUUUUACAAUAAAACUGCUUUCAAAUAAGUUUUUUU